CGAUGACGUACCGAGCCUUGCAGGGAUCGCACACUGCGCAGACGCGACUGGUCAUCUGCCGGCCGGAGCAGACGGUCUCCUUUCCUGUCUCAUAUAGUGGAACAAGUAAUGAGGGUAGUAUCUCUCGGUGGCAAUAGAAGGCAUCAUGUAUCAUCAAAAAUCCAUCUUCUGGGCCAUGCCAUCUUCUUGCAGCUAUUAUCAGGAGCUGUGAUCAGUCAGAGGCAGCUGUGCAAUUGCAUGCCCCGCGGACCAAACCAAAGAGCGGAGAAUGAACAUGUCAGUGAUUUCUCUGCAGGAAUAUGAGUUUGAGAAACAUUUCGAUGAAAGGGGAGCCAUCGCAUGGAUGCAGGAAAACUGGAGCAAGUCGUUCCUGUUUUCUGCAGUUUAUGCUGCAUUGAUCUUUGCAGGGCAGUAUUACAUGAGAGAGCGAAGGAAAUUUGAGCUUCGAAAACCAUUAGUCUUGUGGUCACUGAGCCUCGCAUUAUUCAGUAUACUUGGUGCUUUCAGAACAGGAUGGUACAUGUGGCACGUACUGUAUACCAGCGGCUUCAAGCAAUCUGUGUGUGACCAGAGCUUCUACAACGGACCUGUCAGCAAAUUCUGGGCAUAUGCAUUUGUCUUGAGUAAAGCCCCAGAACUAGGUGAUACAGUAUUCAUCGUCCUACGGAAACAGAAGCUGAUAUUCUUACACUGGUAUCACCACAUCACAGUCUUGCUCUACUCCUGGUACUCCUACAAAGAUAUGGUCGCAGGAGGCGGCUGGUUCAUGACAAUGAACUAUGGUGUCCACGCCUUCAUGUACUCGUACUACACCCUGCGUGCAGCGGGCUUCCACGUGCCACGCCGGUUUGCCAUGCUGAUUACCCUCACCCAGAUAAUGCAGAUGGUAAUGGGAAUGCUGGUGAACGUGCUGAUUUACAUGUGGAUGGAGGAGGGCCUUUGCCCUUCUUUCUUUGAAAAUAUCAUCCUGUCUUCCAUUAUGUAUUUUAGCUACUUCCUGCUCUUUUGCUGCUUCUUCUAUGAGACCUACCUGAGUAGAAAGAAGGGUUUAAAGGCUGCAUAAGCUUGGGCCCAGUAACGGGAUGAAUGGAGUCACGUCAGGCAUGGAUGGUGUUAAGAUUUUUUGUCAAAACGGUUUGGGGUGACUUGACACCAACUGUGGACUGACUUUUGAUAGGAUUACACUCUUCCAUGUUCACGCUUCCCACUGCGCUCUCCAUUAGGUGGUGUUGACUGACACUACCCGUUCCUGGAAACACUGAUGGUAUCGGUGCUGGGGCAGGCUGGCCCCACAGUGUCGACUGUCAGAACCCUGUCCUUUCCUUGUUUUUGAUAAGCCGCGUGCGAUGUUGAGACAGAAUAGAGAGUGCAGAAGUGGUAAAGAGGAAAUGAGUGGGAUCAUGCCAAAGAUUAACCAUGGGUUGUGGUGUGUUUGAUUGGAGAUCACAGAAGAAGUCAUAGCUGUUCUAGCUUCGGUUUCCUGCCUGAGCUUCACCCUGUGUUAUUCUGCAGUCAAAACACAAGGGAAAAGGACAGAGACUAUUGGAAGUACAGCAAAUUUAAUAUCAGUUCAAAACAAACUUAUGUCUCAGAGUUUGUUUCACUGCAGUCCAGCUAAAUAUUGUGUAGAGUAGGCUUUGAGGAAUCCUAUAUCUUUUCCACGAUAAAAUAUCAGAUUGGCAUUUUCCCUAUGCUAAGAGACAUAUUAUGCGUUUGGAUUUAACACUAGAGUUUGGCCUGUUGACUGCACAUAUCAACAGAAGGUAACAAAGUUAGUGCUCGGUAAGUUUACCAUUUUACCAGAAGCUCGACAACCAAGUCUCAGAGCUAUUUGUUCUAUUUAUACAUGCACAAGUCACAAGGGAGUUCUUCCUUUGUACUGUUGCCUCUAAAUGAAUAGAGUGUAAAUGUAACUUUUCAAGGAACCAUAUCCCAUUAUAUAAAACCAUACUUACUUACUACUUGUUACACCAUUGGGGCUUAAGGGAGCAGUGAGGGUCUUCCAUCUUCAUUGCUGUUUCCGUAACAAUUUCUUUUUUUGACCAGUCAGGGUUGUUAGCCCUGACCUGAACCCCUGAGCCUGGAGGACCGGUGGACUACUCUUCGUCUGACCUCUACCCUUUGACCUGUUUGGCAUAGGUGACCCUACAAAGAGCCAAAGCACAAGAUCCUGACUCCAGCCAACAUAGCUCUCUGGGUCAUUGAGGCAUACAAGCCUCCAAACCCGACGACAUUGUAGUCUGCUUUGAGGAUAAAACCGCACUUUGGUCAUUAAGUAACAAAUUUUUUAAUGUAAUAGGGAUGGUAGCAGGACAGAAAUGUGCUGACUGGUUUUCUGAAUGUUAACGGUUCAAUUUAUUAAGUAUUUGUGAAACUGCUGCUAGCAGUUAUUGUUGGUGGUAUUGAGUACAGAAAUGCUUAGCACAUUCCUCUGUCCACCUGUUUAGAGAAAGUUAACCAAAUUAAUGUAAAUAAGCAAAUCUCCAUCAAAAUAGCUCGAGGAAAGUACUGACUCAGCAUGGAUCACCAACAACAUGUAGACCUCAGUACUGCCAAACCAACUUGUAGAUUUCAAGUCAUUAAAAUGUUCUCCUGCAGUGUAAAAGUAAUCUUUUGGUUUACCAAAGCAUUCUUAAUGGAUUGUCCUUAAUGUUAAUCAUAAUGCAUCGAGUCCUUCAUUAUGAGGAUCAGUCCUUAUAUAGAUUUUGAAUUUGCCCCCUCUGUUCUUUUAGGCAUACAUUUUGGUAUUUCUCUGACAAGUUUGUUCAGCACAAGUUUCAUGUUCAUAAAACUGUAAGAAAUAGGAGCAGAAUCAGGCCAUUUGGUGCAUCGUGUCUGCCCAUGGCUGAUUUAUGAUUCUUCUCAACCCUAUUUUGCUGCCUUCUUCCUGGAACUUGUGAUACCCUUGCUAAUCGAGAACUGUCAACCUCCACUUUAAAUAUACCCAAUUCCUUGGUUUCCACAGCCAUUUGUGGCAAUAAAUUCCACAGAUUCACCACCCUUUGGCUAAAGUAAUCAAUAGUCAUGCAAUGCUGAGUUCUUGGUUUGUUUAAGAACAGUUUAGGGACUAAUCAGAGAGCAGAUUCAAGAUCAUUUAAUGUUUUUGUAUCCAUUGGUGUAGUCCAUGACACAUGAUGAUUACAUGAAUGGAUCUUUACAUGCUCUUGGCUGCUCUCGCAUGGACACUCAGUACUGAGGGUGCUGAAGGAGCAAUAUAGCUUUGUUGGGUUGUGUAGCUGCUGGAUUAAUUGACCAGAGGGGCCAGUAACAGAGGGAACUUGAUUGCUGUUCUUACCUGUGUUUAGAUAAUGACAGAUCUCCAAAGUUAGGCUCUGCUGUCUGUUGUUCACACUGCAGUCCAAAGCCAACUUCAGCCUUUCAGAGAAUUCCACCAGACCAGAGAUGAUACUGCAACAGCUUAACAAAAGAGCUUUUAUCAAAAAACCAGCAAGACUAGAUCAUGAAAAAAGCUCACACAUUCUUCUUAGAAUUUACUAGAAACCUGGCCUUUGUAUGCUCUAUAAAACUUAAGUAAACUUGAUCCUGCAGCAGACUUCAUAGGGGAUUACUUAGAAUAUCAAUAGCAGGCAAAUGCUUGGUCCCUCUCUUCUUCCAUCUACUCCCCCCCCCCCCCCCACACACACACACACAAACACAUAACUUUUUUUAAUAUUCACUUAUUCACUCAUGCCUGUAAUGAGUUGAGAAUAGAUCUCUUAUCUAACUUUCUGAAUGGGCAGAUCGUUCAUGUGUGUGUCUUUGUAGCAUUCUCUGAGUAUACGAAUAGUGAAGAGUGCAGUAGAUUUGAUAGUUAGGAUUUACUUAACACUGAAAGUGACAGGCAGGAUGCUGGAGGAACUCAGCAGGUCAGGCAGCAUCAAAGGAGGGAAAUGGGCAGUCGAUGCUCUGAUUCACUGUCCAUUUCCUUCCACAGAUGCUGCCUGACUUGCUGCGUUCCUCCUGCAUUUGGUUGUUGCACCAGAUUUGAAUACCUGUAGUCUUUUGUGCCUCUACUUUUAUUGAGGGAUGAUUGAUUAAUUAAUUGUUUCAUGUAAGGAGCAGGGAACAGUGACUUUGGACUUACUACUUAAAGCUGAGUAAGACAUGGGUUUGCAUUGGCAGGACUGUGUGAAAAGAUGAAGGAAUCUAUGUUCUUAGACAGUGGAGGAGUGGAGAAUCUAUAAAGACUAUAUAUAUAGAAUAAUUUAUCAGUGUGAAUAAAUGCUAUACAUACUUGCAUAUGGAGUCAUGAUAUAAGGGCUUAUAGUACUUGUGAGAUACGAAGGACUUUAGAACAUCUUCAGAGGCUGCUUUUCAAUAGAAUAAUUGUAGGGGAUUAAAACAACUCAAAAAAGUGAGAAUAAAAACAGAUAAUGCCAGAAGUAUUCAGUAAAAUAGAGACCAUCUAUGGAGAGACUACAAUGUAAUGUUACAGGUCAGUGAUCCUCAGUAAUGCGUCAUGACCUGAAGCAUUGACCUUGUUUUCUUCUCUCCGCAGAUGCUGCCUGACCUACCAACUGAUUCCAGCACUUUCUGUUCCUGUAUUAAAUUUUCAGAGACUAGUUUAUGCUCUAACACAAGCGUAUGUGCAUUUAAUAUUUGAAGGUAGCUCAUUUUUUUAGGGCAGCAUUUCUUUAUGUUAAACAAGUGAAAAGAGCUUUAAAGUUUGUUUAUUUUUGCACAAAAAUAUCAAAAAACAAAAAAAAGUGAUGGCAGAGCUGCUAGAUUUUAUUUUGCAAUUUUUUUUAUAAAGAGCAGCUGGAGCAUUUGACCUGAACAUGUUAACGUUCUCUUCCCAUCUCAUUCAGUCCUAUCCUGUAUCCACUGGCCGAGCUGUCUUAUCUAAAGGGAAAGACUUUGGUUUCAAGUUGAAGUUGUAUACCGCCAAAAGAAACAACAUUCCUCCAGACCAAGGUGCACAACAUUUAACUCACACACAACUCAUGGCAGCAUAAUGGUUAGGGCAACACUUUAUAGUACAGCUGACCCAGGAAAUAAAUUAACAAGUAACAAGGUCCAUUCAUGACACAAGUUUAAAAGUAAACACUGUAAUGUUACUGGUGCUUUGUACAUGGUCAGAUCUGGAUGGUGGUAGGGAAUUCAGUAGUGUCAUGGCCUGGGGGAAGAAGCUGUUCCCCAUCCUUAACAGUCCUUGCUCUAAUAGUACAGUAUAGGUUAAUUGUUCUUUUUGAUCUGAAGAUGUGAAUUACUGUAACACCAGCUUGGGACAUCAACACUCUGAAUAAACAGGAUAAAGCAGAAUUUGUAGACCAACUGCCAAGAGAAUACAAGUACUUUUUUAAGGCAAUUACUUUAACUCAAGACAGAUGGUUUAUUCUGAAUGUGUUCAUUAGAGGUGGACCGAGCGUGAUCAGUUAGGUCAGCAUCUAUGAUGCAUUCUUGAGCUAACCGGCUCCUAAAGUUAUUCCACAAGGUGCCACGGUACCAUAGCGGUCAGCACGAUGCUAUUAGAGCUCAGGGCAUCGGAGUACACACUUCAGUCCCAGCGCUGUUUAUAAGGAGUUCGUAUGGUUCCCCAUGACUUUGUGGGUUUCCUCCGGGUGUUCCAGUUUCCUCCCACAGUCCAAAGAUGUAUUGGUUAGUAGGUUAAUUGGUCAUUGUACAUGGUCCUGUGAUGAGGCUAGAGUUGAAUCGGUGGGUUGCUAGGCGGUGUGGCUCGUUAGGCUGCAAGGGCCUGUUCUAUUGUUGUAUCUAUAAGUAAAUCAAAUAGAUUAAGAGAUAACCAGACUGUUGGGUCUGGAGUCACAUAUAAGCCAAGCCACGCUAAAAGUAGCUUCCUUCCCUUACUGAACAUUAGGUACAUUAAUAAAUCAGGUGGGGUUUGUGAUAGUUUUAUGGUCACAAUUCUUGCUAUUCAAGAUGCAUUUAAAACCAUAAGACCAUAAGACAUAGGAGCAGCAUUAGGCCAGUUGGCCCAUCGAGUCUGCUCCACCAUUCUCUUGUGGCUAAUACUUUUUUCCCCUUCCAAGCCCCACAGCCAUGUGCAUUCAAGAACUUACCAAUCGCUGUCUUAUGUACACCCAACAACCUGGCCUCCACAGCUGCCUGGGAUAACAAAUUCCACAAAUUCUCCACCCUCUAGCUAAAGAAAUUUUUCUGCAUCUCUUGUUUUCAAUGGAUGCACCUCUAUUCUGAGGCUGUGUCCUCUUGUCCUAAAUUCCUCCACCAUGGGAAACAUCCUUUCCACAUCUGUCUUUUAACAUUUGAAAGGUUUUAAUGAGGUCCCCCCUCAUCCUUCUAAAUUCCAGUGAGUAUUGACCCAGAACCAUCAUUUGUUUCUCAUAUGAUAAUACUUUCAUUCCCAGAAUCAUCCUUGUGAACCUCUCCAAUGCCAGCACAUCUUUUCUCAGAUGAAGAGCCCAAAACUGUUCACAAUACUCAAGGUGAGGCCUCACCAGUGCCUUAUAAAGCCUCAGCAUCACAUCCUUGCUCUUGUAUUCUAGGCCUUUUGAAAUGAAUGCUAACAUUGCAUUUGGCUUCUUCACCACUGACUCUACCUGCAAGUUAACCUUUAGGGUGUUUGCACAAGGACUCCUAAGUCGCUCUGCAUUUCAGAUUCUUGUAUUUUCUCCCCAUUUAGAAAAUAGUCUGCACAAUUAAUUCUACUACUGAAGUGCAUGACCAUGUAUUUUCCAACAUUGUAUUUCAUUUGCCACUUUCUUGCCCUUUCUCCUAAUUUGUCUAAGUCCUUCUGUAGCCUUCCUGUUUCCUGAACACUACCUGUCCCUCCACCAACCUUAGUAUCAUCUAAACUUGGCAACAAAACCAUCUAUUCCAUCAUCUAAAACAUUGAUAUACAGCAUAAAAAGAAAUGGUCCCAACACUGACCUGUGUGGAACACCAUUAGUUACUGGCAGCCAAGCAGAAAGGAAUCUUUUUAUUCCCUCUUGCUGCCUCCUACCAAUCAGCCAAUGCUCUAACCAUGCCAGUAGCUUCCCUGUAAUACCAUGAACUCUUAAUUUGGUAAGCAGCCUCGUGUGUGGCACCUUGUCAGAGGCCUUCGUUAAGUCCACAUAUACAAUAUCCGCUGCAUAGCCUUUAUCUAUCCUACUUGUAAUCUCCUCAAAGAAUUCCAACAGAUUUGUAAGGCACGAUCUUCCCUUAUGGAAACCAUGCUGACUUUGUCCUACCUUUUCCUGUGUCACCAAGUACUCCGUAAAUCCUUAACAACUGACUCCAAUAUCUUCUCAACCACUGAGGUCAGGCUAACUGGUCUAUAAUUUCCUUUCUGCUGCCUUCCUCCUUUAAGAGUGGAGUGACUUUUUUAAUUUUCCAGUCCUCUGGCACCAUACCAGAGUCCAGUGAUUUUUGAAAGAUCAUUACUAAUGCCUCCACAAUCUCUACAACUACCUCUUUCAGAACCCUAGGGUGCAGUUCAUCAGGUCUGAGUGACCUAUGCACCCUUAGCUCUUUCAGCUUUUUGAGCACCUUCUCCCUUGUAAUAGCAACUGCACUCACUUCUCUCCCCUCACACCCUUCAACAUCUGGCACACUGCUAGUGCCCUCCACAGUGAAGACUGAUGCAAAAUACUCAUUUAGUUCACCUGCCAUCUCCUUGUCCCCUGUCAUUAUUUCUUUGGCCUAAUUUUCUAGUGGUCCUUUAUCCACUCUCAUCUCUCUUUUAUUUUUUACACACUUGAAAAAACUUUCACUACCUACUUUGAUAUUGUUUGUUAGUUUGCUUUCAUAUUUCAUCUUUCCCCCCAGAUGAUUAUUUUAGUUGCUCCUGUAGAUUUUUAAAAGCUUCCUGAUUCUCUAUCUUCCCACUAAUUUUUGCUUUGAUGUACGCCCUCUCAUUUGCAUUUACACUAGCUUUGACUUCCCUUGUCAGCCAUAGUUGUACUAUAUUGCCAUUUGAGUAUUUCUUUAAUUUUGGAAUACAUCUAUUCUGCAUUUAUCUUAUUUUUCUCAGAAACUCACCUCAUUGCUGCUCUGCUGUCAACCCUCCCAGCAACUCCUUCCAAUUUACUUCGGCCAACUCCUCUCUCAUACCACUGUAAUUUCCUUUACUCCACUGAAGUACUGCCAUGUCAGACUUUACUUUCUCCCUAUCAAAUUUUAAGUUGAACUCAAUAAUAUUGUGAUCACUGCUUCCUAAGGGUUCUUUUACCUUAAGCUUCUUAAUCACCUCUGAUUCAUUACAUAACAUCCAAUUCAGUGUAGCUGAUUCCCUAGCGAGUUCAGUGCCAAACUGCUCUAAAAAGCCAUCUAGUAGGCAUUCAACAAACUCACUCUCUUGAGAUCCUUUACCAACCUGAUGUUCCCAAUCGACCUGCAUGUUGAAAUCUCCCAAGACUAUCAUUGCCUUUUCUAUUUCAGAGCCUCAGUGGCCACUUUAUUAGGUAUGCCUUGUACCUAAUAAAGUGGGCACUUAGUGUAUGCUCAUGGUCUUCUGCUGCUGUAGCCCACCACUUCAAGGUUCAGAAAUGCCCCUCUGCACACAACUGUUGUAUUUCAUGAUUAUUUGAGUUACUGUCUCCUUCCUGUCUGCUUGAACCAGUCUGGCUAAUCUCCUCUGACCUCUCUCAUUAACAAGGCAUUUUCACGCACAGAACUGCCACUCACUGGGUGUCUUUUUUGUUGUUUUGCACCAUUCUCUGUGUACUCUGGAGAAUGUUGUGUGUGAAAAUCAGCAGUUUUUGAGAUGCGCAAACCACCCCAUCUGGCACCCAUAAUCAUUCCACAGCCAAUGUCGCUUAGAUCACCUUCCUUCCCCAUUCUGAUGUUUGGUCUGAACAACAGCUGAACCUCUUGACCACAUCUGCAUGCUUUUAUGCCUUGAAUUGAUAUCACAUGAUUGGCUGAUGAGAUAUUUGAAUUAAUGAGCAGGGGUACAAAUGUUCCUAAUGAAGUGGCCACUGAGUGUAUUUGUUCAUAUGGACAGGUAGAGAGUGAGGAAUAAAGGAAGAUCUAGGGACUAUUUGGACAACAUCAGGUGGUUGAUGGAUUCUGAUGUAUAUCCUGGGUUUCAUUACGUCUGCUGCGAGUCCUGGAAUAGCAUAGUUAUUACAAAUCUUAACUAGCAGUUACAUUUACAGUGUGAGCUGGAUGAGAUGAGUUGCCUUACUGUUGAAAUCUAUAGGAUUAUAAAACAACUAAGAGACAAGUGCUGCGGACGGGGCAGGUUUUAGAUGUCUUACUGGCGUGGUGUAAAAUUCUGUGUCUCUGUACUUCCCUCCAGAGUCAGCUGAGAUCUGACUCGGCUUGCACUAAAGAUUAGCAACACACAGAAAAUGCUGAAGGGACUCAGCAGGCCAGUCAUCAUUCAUGGAAAAGAUUAAACAGUCAACGUUGGGCCUAAACACUUCAUCGGUCUGAGGGAGCUGGAACAGAAAAAGAUGCAUAGAUCAGAGGGUGGGAGCUGCCUUUGCUAUUCACAUCAGGUCGCAAACAUCUUCAAAACCUGUCUGCAGUCAUCUCACGCCAAAUUGUAUAUUCUGUUUAACUCUGUAAAGUAUGUGUGGGUAGGAAUUCAUCCAGUUGCUUGCAUCCUGUACACAGGUUAGAGUUAGAAGUGCCCAUGUGUUAUAUUCUGCUCCCAGUAGUUGGUUCUGUUAAAAGUCAAUAGAGGCAGUGUAUAAUACACAGAUACUGCACAUGAACUGGAGGUGAAUCUCCACCCCAAUAUUCUUAUUGCUUGAUUGCAUUUAUGAGUGACUAUAUUAUGAUGUUGCUGGUAUUUUAUUUCAGGAGCCAUGGUCUUUUGGACAAUUCAGAACUUAAACUUGAGUUUAUUAUCUUUGGAAUAUGAAAGCCAUACGAUAAUCAGCUUUACUUGGUGUUUACUUCUGUCAGCUAUGGGAUUUCAUGAAGUUCUUGACUGCCAUCAAGGCAAAAACUGCGUAUUUAUUCAUUAUACAGGACCACGGCAUCAUUGUCAGGGACAAUAACUCUUGUCCAUCCCUAACUGACCAUGAGCAUCAUGGCUUUCUUGCCCAUUUCAGACAGCAUCUCGACUGAACCACAAUGGUAGGCCAUUUUUUCACCCUGAAGGACAAGUGGUUCUGAGGUGUUAUUACAGAUAUCUGGAUUAUGAUUCUAAGACCUGAAUAAAUGCCACCUAAUUGUUAAUAAUCUGGAAUUUAAAACUUAUUACAAAGUUUUAAAAUUCCAGAUUAUUAACAACUAGGUUGGAUUUAUUCAGGCCUUGGGAUCAUAGUCCAGAUUUAAGUAUUUAUUAGAGGUUCAAACUCUACCAGCAUAAAAGAUGUCAUUAAUUGGAUUGGAGGGGGGAAGCAUGGAGAAGAUUUUUCCAUUUGCAACUUCAAAGUAAAUUGAUUAUCCAAGUACACAUUGAUUACCAUAUGCUACCUUGGGAUUUUUUUUUGGGCAUUCACAGUAGAACAGAGAAAUAUAAUCGAAUCAAUGAACAAACAAAAGGCUAGGAAUGUGAGGCCAUUAAUGUAUGGCAGUAGUUGUUUAACUGAUUUAGGGAAAGGACGGUUUACUCAAGGGACGAUUGAACUUGCCAAUUCAAGGUGCAGUAUUUUAAGGAGAAGGAAGAUACAGGAAAGAACAUGCUGGUGUUGGGUUGAAGAAAGGCUGAGCUUAUGAAUGGGCACGAACACCGAUAUGGACCACCAGGCUCUGCUUCUUCACUGUAAAUGCCAUGUAAAACUCUAAAAUACUGUGUAAGAGAGAGGAAAUGGCAGCUAAAUAUUAAUAUCGAACAAUAGCUAUAACUUGUGUCUCCAGGAUACAAUUCAUUCAAGUCCCAUCAGGUGCGGGUUAGGUAGCUAGCUCCAGAUUGAGGGUGAAUUGCCGCCUUAUGUUAUGAAUGGGUUGUUUUCUAUGCUUCACUGUAUGUGUAUGUGUUGUGGCAGAACAGUCCUCAUGGUUUUCUUUCAGGGUCAAUUUAUCAAUUUAAAUGUCGCCUCAUGUUAAUAAGAUUAUUUUGCACCUUCAGCCCAAAUGUCAGUCUAUUCCAGGUACGACUCAAUCUGCAGUGUAGUUAAUAGCAGCCAUCCAUUGUCAAGAAUACUUUUAACCAAAGUGGGGAGGAAAUUCAUCAUUGGUUGUAAAUGCACCAUAUGUGUGUGUCUGUGAGUGAGGGGUUAGCAGUUAACAGUUGCACUUGUAGGUUUUCACAAAUAAAACAGCAGAGGUGUUUUAUCUUUCAGAAAAUCUGUAGCAACUAGUAUUGAACACCAAAAACUUGAAGACAAAAAGUGUGCUAAAACCCUUUACAUAAUUACGUCACCACAGCAGACCAGGCCCUUAAAAAUGAAAGCCCAACUCAUUGCGGGUGGUUGUGAAUUAUUUAGUUUCCACUAAUUACAUUAAUCUCCAGGCCAUUCAGUCCCAUGCAUUUUGCAUUCCCUCAUGCAGUAUUCCAAAGAAGAAUUUCUCCUCUCUGCACAUAAGAGCCAAAUGGUUACAAAUACUCUGGUAAACAGGAAUGGAUCUGUUAACGUUUGUAGUCACUUGAGAUGUUUUGAAACGUGUGUUCACUCUGUAUAAUUCUGUCAUCUUUUUCACAUGAAUCGCUGGUCAUUCCACCUGAGGAAAUAAAGAACCUCAAAAGAAACAGCCUCUAUGGACAAACAUUCAUGGCAUAGUGUACAUCUGAGCCUAGUCCACCUAUCAGUUUCACUUUCCUUUUACAAUAUCCAAAAUCUUUAAACGUAUACCAAAGCUGCUCCUGAUGGAAAGCUCCGUGUCAGUGUUUUGUUCAAACAUGCACUGUGAUCUUAAUUUCACUUCAUCCCUGCCUCGCUCACUGCACUAGGCACCAGUGUUAGCCACUUGAGUAGUGGGAAAUCACAGCAUUGCGCUGCAGUGGAUAACUACCACUACUCUUUAUAUGUGCCAAAACAAAACAGGGUGAAACGCUGCAGUAAAUUUCUGUCUUGAAUCCACAGCUACCAUCCGUUCUCCAAUCACCUCCUCUUUGCUCCAAUUCAGAGCCGAGGUCUGACUUUUAAAUAAUCCAAAAGGUCCAUCUUCCAAUCUAGCUGGUGAUCCUUUUGAUCUGCCAUCACAACUCCGAUAAUAAACAUUUGUCUAUCAUAAGGGAAUUGUGACGUUCAUAAGUCUGUCUUGUCGUGCACACCCUACAGUCCACGAGACCACUAAACCUGGGCCAUUGCUUGCUUAUUGAAACUAUUUCAGCUCCUUGUCCAGUGCAGUGCCUUAACAGCUAGGGAGUAGAGACUGACACUACCAGGUGGGAAAUAUUCAGCUAUGAAACACGCCUCACCCCACCCUCUCCCUUGCCCUUUUGGCAGUCCAUGGAGCCAUACAAAGAGAUUGUUUUCACAGUUGUUUCACUGCAAAUCGCCAACUCCGGUGUCAGAAACUGUCUAGAAGUAAGCUGAUCCAACAGAUAACGUUCUGUGGUGCCAUCUUGUCCAAAAAGACAGUGUCAGUUUUGUUUCCUUAAUUCUGCUUAUCAACACUGUUCAAAUGUAUUAUAAUGUACCAGAUCUUCUGUACAUACACAUACUGUAUGCAUUUGUGUUUAAAGAAUGCCGAACUCAUUGUCAAUGUAUUCAUUAAAAUUUUAAACUAUU